AUGUUUGAACCAGUAUUCCUCAUUCUGCAGAGAAUGGAUACACACAUAAACCGAAAGGAUUGCGGCGUGUCGGAACAUACCGGACGGGUAUUUAAUGGCAAGAUCAUAGAGAGGCCACAGAUUCCCUGGAUAGUUCAGAUUGUUUCUCCUAUACAAGGAACAAAGCAUGAUGCCGCUUGUGGUGGAAGCAUCAUAACAAGAAAUGUUGUGUUGACUGCAGCUCAUUGUUUGACAGGGUCGCCGAUAAAUGAAGUUCAGAUCUACUACAACUCGACAAAAACGAGAAGUGGUCCCAUCAACUAUGGGGAAAGCCUCUACGUUCACCCAAGCUUCAACAAGAAGACUGCCAUCAAAUAUGACAUAGCGCUUGUGAAGGUUAGGGAAUAUUUUAAGUUCGAUAGAUUCGUUCGACCGGUUUGUCUCGCCAAGCAUAACAUAUAUCUGGGACACACACCACUUCUGUCCGGUGGCUGGGGAAUCAUUGAUGAUCGAAAUCCUCCCACGUUUGCGGAAAAUCUGCUGUACACCAUGGUUCGAGCUAUGUCAGCAUCGAAGUGCAAGAAAAUUCUGAAACGCUUCCGUGGUGCCGGUGUUGGUGGAGUGGAUGACAAGCUUAUGACCUGUUUAGAAGGAUACAACGGAACUCUUUGCGGAAGUGAUUCGGGAGGACCGAUAACAUUGAGACGCAAAGGACAUUCCAUGCAAGUUGGCGUCCUCAGCCUUGGGUCAACUUGCAACAAUCACACUAAAUUACUAAUUGUUAUUCGUGUUGCCAAGUUUGUGCGGUGGAUUAAAGUAGCGCUCCACCAUCCUCAACGAUGGCGAGUCCUUACAGGUGGCAAGGACGGUUCGGGCGACCAGAAAUGUAACUGUUGCUUGAUUAUCAAAUAAUCUACAAUAAAUCGGGUAACAUACCACGUG